AACCGUACUAUUAGCCAGUGGUUCCGAACUGGUAACCGACUUCUGAAUUUGUUGAUCUAUUGGCCUUUUUAAAUAGAUCGGAGGUUUGUUCGAGAGUCAAAGCGUGGCUUGUAUCGUUGAAUUGAGGUGACAAAAGCUAAGAUUUGAUCCGAAAAUAACCGAAUAUUAACCGACUCUCGACUGUUCGUAACCUCGCAAUACUGGAGUCGGAAAGCUGGUUGAAGUAACUACACAGGUUUGGUUCUUCUUUUUGAUAUUACGGAACAUAUUUCGCAAAGUAUUAUUUUUCAUCUCCUCGUUAAUACAUAAAAUAUACGUAAACAUACAUAAACAAACAAUCGAGGAUGUGCGACAAUCAGAAAGAGGAACAAACAGACGAAACAACUCAACCAAUCGAGUUGUCGUCAAAUGACAUUGAAAAAUUAGAAGAAGCCAAGCUUAGGGCCAAAUUCCCAAAUGCUGGCGGACAUCCCAUAAGCGGUCAUUCUGCGUUUCUUCAGAAAAGAUUGGCCAAAGGACAAAAAUUCUUUGAUUCUGGGGACUAUCAAAUGGCGAAACAAAAGUCGACAGCAAAACCAAAACCCGCUGGUGUCCUGCCAACGGGAGAUGCGAUUCCAACACCGGAAACUGUGCCACAACGGAAAACAUCGAUAAUUCAACAAAAAUUCAAUACAUCUACUAGUUCGUAAGGCAAAUUAUUGCCGUGCUUGUAACUUAGCACUGAAAGGAGAUUCUGUUUGUAUAAAAUCUAAACACGUUUCACCACAACAAUCGCAUGGUGAUCAGUCAUCCUCAUCACACAGUCAAAUGGACAAUUGGAUCCUGGCUGAGUAUUUUUUCUGAUUCGGUUUCUAUUUGUCUCUUUGCUUAUACAAUUUUAUUCCAAACUUUGAAUGAAACUGCCAGUUCCUUAUUUCUAGAAUGACAAAUAUGGCAAACAUUAUUAGAUAUUAUCACUUUGAGGACCCAAGAGGCAAUAGUAAAGAAGCUUCGAUUUUUUUUUUUUUUUUUUUUUUUUUUUUUAUUGGCAUCAGUUACAUGAGAACGUUGGAAGAGAAAAUUGAUUCGUUAUUUUACAUAGCAUUAAUUAUACAAAAUUUGUAUCAAAAAUUGAAUCGAAGUUGAUUUGGAAUCGUAAAUGGGUAUCAUCUGCUGGUAAAUGACGCAACGAUAUGAUGAUUAUUUGCACACCGAAUCAGAUUACGGCGCAGCAUGCAUUUAUUGAGUAACUAUUGCGCAUGUUGCAGCUCUGAUUUUAAUCUUGAUCUGCAUUUUGGAUACCACUGUGAUUUGCUAAUGCUAUUUUUCUAUAAGAAUUUCAUUGUUACUUUGCAUUUUAUUUUAUUUUAUUUUUUUUCUCCUUUUUCAACAUACACAUGUAUUAUUAUUAUCAAGGUAUUUAUAUCGAUGAAGUUAAUUUAUCGAAACUUGAUUAUAAUUUGUAACAUAAUAGUUGCACAACUACUAACUGUAUCUAGUUAUUAAUAUAUAUUAUCAUUAUGUCACAGUUGUUUUAUUCUUUUACUCAAAUUAUAAUCCCUCAUCGUUAUUUUCCCAAAUCUUUUUCAGAAUAUUAAAGUAAUGUUCAUAUCAUCCUUUGUUGUAUCCAUAUAUCUAGUUUUCUAAUUGUUCUUUUAUAAAAAAAAAACACGCAUCUGCGCACACAUAACUAGGAAAAUGCAAGAAUUUUACCAAAAAUCAAUCCAAUUCGAUAUCGCGAGUUCUGACAUAAUUUUUUAUAGUUGCCUGCAAAGUUGGAAGGAAAAAAAAAAAAACUCAUGCGGAAUCUACAUUAGUUGAACCAUUGAGACUUGAAAUAUACGAAGAGAAUAAAAGAGCAGGUUUUACUCGAAACUGCAG